UGCACAGAAAAAAUACGGUUGACACCACAACAUUAUUGUACUAAGAAGUAAUCUGUGAUCAAUGAUCUGCUGGUGAACUGUUGAUAUCUGGACUCCUAAUAAUGCCCAUAUUCUAGAAUAUUAAUCGAACUUAAAUAUAGUUUCAAGUGCUUUUCAACCAUCUAUUCUGUAUGAAGUUUAACAUACUAUGCUAAAGACCAGUGACUUGAGAUACGAAUUGCAAUAUAGGAUCUUAGAUUAUACACGAGACUUCUAUAGAUAGUACUCAGAAAUGUGAUUGUUCUUAUUCUAUUACGAAGCCGUGUUACAAAAGAAGGAGAACAAAGAUUUCUAUUUUAGAAGCUUUUUUUAAUAUCACAGUUUACAAUUUACUUUUAAAAAGAAAAUCUAUAUAUUAUAUAUACUUAUGACAUAUUGACAGCCGACAGUGAAUAGUAAAAACAGUGUGAAAUGCAAACCGAAUAGCUAGGACAGCAUAGUGCACUCAAAAAGAAAACUUGGAAAGUAAAAAUUUAAAAUGUCGUUCAGCCAAGUUCAACUACCCAAUAUUGAUACAAAGAAAAGUGAUAAAAAUUUAAAGCUUUUGUUUCCAAAGCAAGCAGAAUGUUCUUAUGUGUCGUGUUAUUGUGAAGAAAAUGUCUGGAAGCUCUGUCAGGAUGUAUCGUUAAGAGUUCCAGAAGAAUUGGAUCGAUGUUUUGUGGUAUUCAUAUCGAAUCCCUGUCGCACUGUGCCUUUGUGGAAACAAAGGGCUGGGCGCGAAGAAGAUCGCCUCGUCAUUUGGGAUUACCAUGUCAUAUUCUUAUACUCAAUCGACUUGAAGUCAUGUUUGGUUUAUGACUUAGAUUCUGAGCUUCCAUUCCCAACAUUCUUCCAUAAAUAUGUUACAGAAACAUUUCGUACUGAUCAAGUUCUAAAAUCUGAUUUCCACAGGUUCUUUAGAGUUGUACCAGGUAAAUAUUUCUUACAGCAUUUUUCAUCUGAUAGACGUCAUAUGAAGAGACCUGAUGGUUCCUGGAUUAAACCACCACCACCAUAUUCUGCCAUAUCUGCAUCAGCAUCUUCUCACAACUUAGAUGAGUACAUUAACAUGGAUGCUGAUAUUGGUCCUGGCCAAGUUUUUAAUCUUACUGAAUUUGUUCAAAGAUUCUAUAAGAUAGAAAAGUGAGGAUAUAUUUAGAAAAUGGUAAUUAUGUUAACUUAUACAAGAUUUACUUGGUUAUAGUAUUAUUAUGAUAUUUUUAUUCAGUUAUCAAAUUGAAUUAAUGUUUAAGCGUUGUAUUUAAAUUAUACUGUAGAAUUUUUUACCAAGUACAUUUACUCUCAGUUUUCAUCAUAGGCUUUUUAAGACUAUACCAGUUAUUAUAAAAAUGUUAUAAUACAACUAAAGUUUUCAAAAUUUAUUAAUGGCAGCACCAAAUAACACAGUAUGAGAUUUUGUGCACAGACAGUGUUAAUUCUAAAUUAUACAGGAUUUGACAUAAUAAAACAGUUGAUUAGAAUUUGUGUAGCUUUUGCAGUAGGUAAUUUUGAUGGCAUUCACAUGGCCUCUAAAUCUGUUGGAUCAACUAGAGGGGAAUUCGUUAAUAAUGUAUUAUAUUGUAAUACAAUUAUUCGUAGGCCUAGCUUGAUUCCUAAAGGUAUCUAUUACAGCAAUUGAUGUAUAAUAUAAAUAUCAAAUUAUUAAAAUAUUUAUAUGCUUAAUUAAAAUGCAUUUUAUAGAGCAAGCAACCUUCAGUAAGUAUGAAUUACUAUUUCACGUUUUACUAUUUUAUAUUUAUACUAUUAUUUAUAUUUUACGGAAAGCGAUAAGAUAUAAAAUUCUGUUUUUAAUGUAUGUUGAAUUUAAUUAUUAACAAAAAUUACAUGCCAGUUGAAAAAAAAAUCAUAAAAUGUAUAAUGCGGCUUACCUGUUUCGUGUCGUCAGUAAUUUUCGAUACGUAUCACAUUGCGUGUGAAUAAUAUGUAAGCUAAAAGUUGCGGUUAACUGUAAUUAAAUAAUUAUGCUUUAAACUAAAAAUGUUAAUACCUAGAUUUUUGUAUUGAUCGCCCCAAUUUUUUUAACUAGGUAGGCUGUCUUGCUUAAAUUCAUAUUGAAGGCUAAUACUGUCUGUUAUAAGAUUUAAUUUAUUUGAAAUAAUAUUGUCUUCUAUAAUUAAUAAAUAAUAAGUCAUUAGAGGUGUUGUUUAACAAGAUCGCGUUGUAGCUUUUGUAUGUUGUUAAAAUUUGCUCUACAAGUGUGCGAUUUUCAUAAGGUUGUCAAAUUUUAAGACCUCCAAAAGGCAAAUUACAUACUGUGUAACAGUCUAUACCAAAUAAUAGCAUUUAACCUUUAUUUAAAUUUUUAUAUUUAUUUUUUUUAUUUUAUGUAAUAAUAUUCCUACACAAGCUUUCUGAGAUUGCAUGCUUGUAGUUCGUCUAUUUAAUAAUUUAUAGUAAGUUUUAUACACUCUUUUUAUCCUUCCCUAGCACCCUUAGCAUUAUUAUAUCGUAAUGUUAAAUAUACAAAGAUUAUUGCAUUUAAUUUUUUAUAUAAUUAAACUUAUCAUUAUCUUGAGCUUAUAACUGGAUAUAUUUUACUAUAAAGUUUGAAUUACAAGAUAUUGUAUAAUCAGAACCUUUAUAUUAUCAGACCCUUAUAAACAGAACCUACAGAACAUACAAAUUUAUUUAGAUUUUAUCCAGAACAUAUAGGUUAACAAGUUUUUAAAUAAAGGGAAUGAUUACCCAGUAUUUAUAAAAAAAUAACUAUAUUUUUCACAUAUUUUAUAAACUUAACACUUAUCACAUACUAUAUACACCUACAGCCAAGUUUAGGUACAUUAUGAAUUUUUAUGACAAAUGGCAAAUAUAAAUAAGUUAUUAUAAACAUUUUCACAAUAUUACUGGAUAAAUAAAUUUAUUAAUUGUUGUUUAAAAAAUACUAGUCAAUUUAGAAUCUAAUAUUAAAUUUAAUGUUUUUGAAAUUCUGUUAAACACUUACUUUAAAUAUUUAUGUAAAAGUAAUUUUUAUAAUAGGUCUAUCUUAUGAUAAUCGAUUUUACUAUUUCUACUUAUAAUAAUCUUGUAUGAUAACGCAUGUAAAAUAAGUAUUUUGAUGUCUUGAACACUUACUCUCAUACCUUGCUUGCUCAUGUUUUAUAUGCGUUAUUUUACCAUAAAUCCUUUAUCUUAGUAGAAAGUUGUAUAAUCAGGCGUAGCUGGAUUAAUUAUGGGACCAAUGUAACAAGAAUGUAAACACAGUAUGAGGAUUGCAAAGGGGCUAUGGUUUCCCACUGGUUACGCCUUAAUCUAGUUCUUAUAUCACUUAAUUAUUUAGAUUAACACUCAAUCGAUACCUUCCUUCUACGCCUUUACAUUUAAUCUAUUGACUGACAAGCCUGAGUGAUAAUGUGCUUGUGCUUUAUGUACUAUGUUAUGUUUUUUUAUUUAAAAGUUAUUAUUAAAGUGGUAAAUAAAAUAGUUCUUUAAUAAUAACUUAAGUAAAUAAAACACCAAAUAUG